AUGUUAACUUUACUACUGGACAUUUUUUCCAUUCUAGUAAUGACAGAAUUUGUUCUGGGAAAUUUUGCCAGUGGCUUCAUAGCACUGGUGAACUGCAUUGACUGGGUCAAGAGACAAAAGGUCUCUUCAGCUGAUGGAAUUCUAACUGCUCUGGCAGUCUCCAGAAUUGGUUUGCUCUGGGUAAUUUUACUAAAUUGGUAUUUAAUUAUGUUUAAUCCAGUUCUACAUAGUUUAAAAGUAAGAAUUAUUGUUUAUGUUGCCUGGACAGUAAGCAACCAUUAUAGCAUCUGGCUUGCUACUAGCCUCAGCAUAUUUUAUUUGUUCAAGAUAACCAAUUUCUCCAGCCUAAUUUUUCCUCACCUGAAGUGGAGAGUUAAAAGUGUAGUUCUCAUGCUGAUGUUGGGGACUUCUUUCGUUUUGGUUUUUCAAGUUGUGGGUAGCAUAAAUGAGGCUAUCCAGACAAAUGAAUACGAAGGAAAUAUCACUCAGAAGACCAAAUUGAGGGACAUUUUACACCUUUCAAAUUUGACUCUGUUCACGCUAACAAACCUCACACCCUUUACUAUGUCCCUGACAACUUUUCUGCUGCUAAUCCUUUCCCUGUGGAAACAUCUCAGGAAGAUGCAGUUCAAUGGCAAAGGAUCCCAAGAUCCCAGCACCAAGGUCCAUAUAAAAGCCAUGCAAACUGUCAUCUCCAUUCUUUUGCUAUUUGCCAUUUACUUCCUGGCUCUAAUCGUAUCAGUUUGGAGUCCUAAUGAGCUGCAGAAGGUGGUCCUCAUGCUUUUCCACACUCUUGGAACCAGUUGUCCUUCAGUCCACUCAUUUAUCCUGAUUUGGGGAAAGAGGAAAUUAACACAGGCCUUUUUGUCAUUUCCGUGGCAGCCAAGAUGCUGGCUGAAAGAAAGGAAAUAA